UUAAGGGAGUCAACUGUAAAAAUCAGCUAAGGCAGUCAACUGUGAAAACUCAGCUCUUGAUAGUUGGAUCUUUAAUCUAUACAGAAGAAACAAGGCUAAAAUGUAAACAACAAAACAAAAGACAACAAGGGGGAUAUACAAUUAAAGAUGGAAUCACCGCUUAUAUAUGUUCUGAUUUUACUUUUGAAUGUGUUUGAAUUUUCAUCAGGAAUUAUAUAUAAUAAACGUGAGAAGGAGAACCACUUUGUUUGUUCCAGUGAAGAGGUCCCCACAGACAAUCAAAUCAAGUUGUUUCUGUCCAUGGACAGUUUGAAAAUCUACUGUCGCUUCCGAAGUGAAAGUGAAGAUACUUCAAGGGCUUUUUUGGGUGUAUUUACAUCAGGAGGCCUUGCUCCCACACUGAUAAUCUCUAACAGUACAUACCAUGAAGAAUUCCACUUUAACUUAUCUCUGUUCAACAAUCGGGCUCUCUGGUUCAUUGAUAUUCCUAGAGAAAGCAUCACAGUAAACACAGAUAUCGCAGCUAUAGAAGAAUGGAUAAUAAAGGUCACCAUGCAUGAAGGAUUAAACAUUUAUAAUACUGAAGGGACCCUACUGGAUCUUGUCCGAGAGCCUAUUCUGCAGUGGACUCUUGGAUCUAAAAUGAGUAACUCACAGGUCCAAAAAUUGUUUCCACACGUGAUAGACAUCAAAGUGGCAAAGUGCCCCUGUGCCAAUGAUGUUGCAUUAUUUGGCUUUAUUUUGAACUCAACAUAUAAUGGUGUUUACAUAGGCAAAACCAUUUCUGGAUUUAGGAAAUAUAAUGAAACCAUAUGGUAUGACCUGACAGAUAUCAUCUAUUCACAACUUAAAGAUGAACACCAAGGGCUUACAAUAAUAGAUAUGGUUUUAACAAAUCAUUUUUUAGUCAUCCUCACCUCUUUGGGUCUUUAUGUAAGUAGUGAUCUUCGUUAUCCAGAAACUUCACACAUACAGCUUUCAAGAGCAGACUUUUGUGGUUUUGAAAGGGUUGACUAUAUCAAGGGAAAACUGUGGUAUAAUGAAAAAUGUUUUGCAAACAGAGAAAGUUUUGAAGUUGAUUAUGUUACUAUCACUUUCGACAGAAACAGGACCCUAAGUGAGUCCAGUUCUUGUUUUUAUAGUAAAGAACCAUUUCUUCACUGGUUGCCUUGCUUACCUUCUACUUCGAAAAGUACAAGAUUACUUCCAUAUGUAAUAACAUUUCUUAUUGACCAAGAAACUAGAACUGGAAUUUAUUUCUUCCAUAAUCAGAAUUCCAAAAGAAUCUCUGUCUCUGUGUCAGUGCUCAAGAAUGACAUACCAAAUUCUCAACCAAAAUUUCCAAAUUUCCAAUUUCCCUCCUCAUUCUAUCAUCCAGUUGGAAUGGUGUUCCAUCCCCGAAGCCACUUUCUGUAUGUUUAUGGCAAUCAGGUAUGGCUUUCAAUGGAUGGUGGCAAUACUUUUGAAUUAGUGUGUGACUUUCUAAGUAACUAUGUAAGGAAGACUGCUCAUAGUUUUUAUACUUCAGAAAUAUCUUUGAUUACAAAAAAUGGAAGGAUUUACAUGACAAAGGCAGGCAACAUAUCAUUUAAUACUCACAACCACAGUGUAAAAGAAGGUGGUGUUUGCUUUGAUCUUGCUGAUAAAGUAGAUCAUCUUAGGUCACAGAAACUUAAGAGGUGGCACUAUACGAAUGAUUAUUUGCCUCCAUCUUCUCACAGACCUUCAUCAAGCAACAAGGCUGUCAGCUAA